AUGACCGUCGACCUGCAAGAUGACGGGGAGAUCCACUACGGUCUGCUGGUCCUCACAGGUGCGCCCAAGGAGCUCUCCUCGCAGGGCGCAUCGGGCGCGCCGGGCUCAUCCCGCUGGAAGCGAAGACCAGUAUGGUGUGCGCUGCCAUCGCUCCUCGCGUCCACCCUCGCUCUCCCGCCUUCCCUCGUCGUUCUUACGGACUACCCCGACGUGCUGAUCCUCGCCAACCUCACGCGAAACCUCGAGCGGAAUGUGUCCCGCAUCUCACGGGGAUGCACCGUGCACAGCCGCGGGCACGAACGGGGCCAGGACCCCCACCCACUCCUGAAAGCUUGA